AUGAAACACAUCCUCUCCAAGCUCAUGUGGACGGACAAAGAUCCCUUGCUGAAAUUACGCCUCCUCCAUACAUUGACGGCGGGGAACCCAGCGCGACCGGAUGGAUUCUCCGAAAACACCACUCUCUGGACGGAUGAGUUGGUUGGGUGUUUGGUCCAGGGUCUUGCGUCUAAGCAGUUGUGUGGUCAAUUGCAAGAGGUUCUUGCUGUGGGGAAGGUCUAUUUUGUAAGCCAGUGUGAGUCCAGGAAAUGCUGGUCGGUGUGUUCCAAUGACCGCCUGUUGUAUUUCAAUUCCAAAACUUCCUUCAUCCAUUCUCCUGAAGACGAUCAUACCUUCUGUCUUGAUAGCUUUGAGAUCCGCCGCUUUGAGGACCUCGAGAAAAUUGUCACAGUACAUUGCUCUGUUGUGGGUCGGUGUUCUAUUCGUGAAUCUGCCCUGCUAAACGUUCACGCUAUGCUUGCUGAAGAAAUUCUCUUUUCCAUAGAUGUUGUGGGGCGGUUGGUGUCUGCAACGCCUGUUAGCUAUUUCCAUAAGCAAGAGCGUUCCAUCAAGCGGCAAGUUGUGGUCAUUGAUAUUGAAAGGUAUUUCGCACUUCCCUUUGUGGUCUCCCUCGCCUGCUUUGUUCUACCAGAUUCCUCUUUCAGCCUUCCAAGUGUCUCUUCUGUUGCCGGGAAAGCUUCCCUAUCAAUCACGUUAUGGUCCGACUUUGCCGAAAGAGUGAACUUCCCUAAACUCAUUGAGCUCAAUGGCACAACACCUGUGAUUGUGGCAUUCACCAGUCUCAGUCUGGCUAAUCGGCGUGGAACGUUUACUUUGACGUGGACUCUGUUCAGUGCUAUGUGCCUGGAAGUCAAUUGA